AUGGAGGACAAGAACGGACCCGUCGUCGGCAAGUCGGGCAAGAAGAUCUGCUGCUCCUGCCCCGAGACAAAGUCGGUGCGCGACCUCUGCGUCAUCUCCAAGGGUGAAGAACACUGCGCCGACGUUAUUGAAGCCCACAAGCAGUGUCUGCGCGCCGAAGGCUUUCGCAUCAAUCUUGUGCACGCAGUGUAA